UGUGAGCGCGUAGUGAUGCCAUACGGUCCGCGUCAGGAACACUGAAGCUUAUAGCGGCAGGCUUAUAAUGUCCACUAGUCGAUAUGUGCUUCUGCUCUCUAAUCGUCAAAUCAACUCGCUAAUGUCGUAAAGGUGGAUUCCAAUGCUCCAGAGACAGAGAAGGUAGCGCACAGAGCGGAGGAGCCAUGACACUGACGAGAGGGUCGUUCACCUACACCACGGGGGAGGAGUACCACGGGGAGUGGAAAGAAGGUCGGAGACAUGGAAUGGGCCAGCUGAAGUUCUCAGAUGGAACGUGCUACGCGGGACAGUUUGAGAAUGGACUGUUCCAAGGCUCGGGGGUGCUCCUCUUCCCAGACGGAUCCAGGUAUGAGGGUCAGUUUACCCAGGGGAAGUUCCAGGGAGCCGGGGUCUUCAGUCGCUUUGAUGGGAUGAAGUUUGAAGGAGAGUUCAAGAGUGGUCGUGUGGAGGGAUAUGGGUUACUGACGUUUCCAGAUGGGAACCAUGGUGUGCCGCGUAACGAGGGCCUGUUUGAGAACCACAAGCUGCAGAAGAGGGAGAAGUGCCAAGGGGUGGUACUGCAGGCACAGGGAGCCGCCUCCACCGCCCGCAGUCUGGCUCUAUGACCCUGCAGACACCCGAGACCCCACCAGGACACUAUGAGGAGUGGCUAGCUGUUCAGCAACUGGACUCAUCUUAGAUCCAAAAUGGUGGAACAAUGGGUCUCAACCAUGACCAGGGUACAACGUCCUCAUACAGGCACUCAGGGAUGGACAACAGGGUUAUGCACCAGGGUUGUGGUCAAUUGUUAAUUGAGUUGCGAAUUGGUCUUUAAAUUCUUGAAUUUGAAUUAGCCACACCCCACAGAAAGAAGAAUUGAAUUUGAAUUAAAGGAAGUAUCAUUUAAUUCAAUGUAUUUUAUUUAAAUUCAAUUGUCUAAUUUUUCUACACAUCACUUGGCCUAUGCACAAUGUACAGUUACUAAUACUAUGUAUAACAUACUGUAGGUUAAACCUAACAUUACCUCUGAGUUAUAAUCAAGUUAAUAUUUUAAAUGCGGUUUUCUUUGUAGUAAUAAGUUGCAUAUGCUUUUGGUAAAUUAUAUGUCAAAGGAUUGAAACUUUCAUGUCUAAGUUACAUUUCUUUGACUUGGUUUGAAUUAAAUGUCUACUUCCUUCAAUUCAAAGUCUGCUUCCCGUGGGGUGUGGGCAAUUGAAAUAGAAUUUGGCAUUUCAUGGAUUGAAUUAAAUUCAGAAUUGACCCCAACCCUGUCAUGCUCUCGCUGUCUCUGUCUCUCUCUCUGCCCUGCCUUUCUGUGUCCUCCUGCUACACCAGUGCUGUUCUGCCUUCAAAUUUUAUUUGUCACAUGCGCCGACUACAAAAAGUGUAGACCUUACCGUGAAAUGCUUACUUACAAGCC